CCUGUUUUCUUUCCCUCCACAAACAAACCUAAAUAGCAGAAGCAGGCAGCAAUAGAUUUCCAUGGCAAACAUUUGGUUCUUCACUCUUCUUCUCCUUUACCUUUCAACUCUCUCAUCACUAAGAUCUACAACUACUUCAAAAAGAAUUUACAUUCUUCAUAUGAACCACAACUCCAAACCUGACACGUAUACCACUCACCACCAAUGGUACCAAUCCCUCACCUCCACCUCCGAUUCAAUUCUUUACACCUACACCACCGCAUUUCAGGGCUUUGCCGCCUAUCUCGACCCUGAAGAAGCUGAAUCUCUUAAAAAACUCGACAAUGUUCUUAAUGUGUUUGAAGAUGGAGUUUACUCUCUCCAGACAACUCACACUCCGCAAUUUCUCGGUCUUAAUUCCAAUUUUGGCUUGAUUGACGAUGGCAGGCGUACCUUCCAAGAAAUUGAAAGAGCUUCUCAGGAUAUCAUUAUCGGAGUUCUUGAUUCCGGCAUAUGGCCAGAAUCCAAAAGCUUUGACGAUACAGGUUUACCAGAAAUCCCAAAGCACUGGAAAGGGAAAUGCAAGACUACUCGCGAUUUCAAUAGCAAACUCUGCAAUAAAAAAAUAAUUGGUGCUUAUUACUAUUCAGAAGGAAGCAAGAAAAGCUCGCACAAGUUCAAAGAUAUUGAAUCACCUCGAGAUUAUAAGGGACAUGGAACACACACUGCUAGCACCGCCGCCGGAUCACCUGUUGUAAAUGCGAGCAUGUUUGGUUAUGCAAAAGGCACUGCACGUGGAAUAGCAGCUAAUGCUAGGAUAUCAAGCUAUAAGGUUUGUUGGAGUACAGGUUGUUCGGGCGCCGAUAUUCUUGCCGGAAUAGACAGAGCUAUUACGGAUGGCGUUGAUGUGCUUUCUUUAUCUAUUAAUAUUCAGUCUCUUAAUACGACUCUAUAUUAUCUUCAUCCGAUUGCUUUUGCUACAUUUACUGCAACUCGGCUUGGAAUUUUCGUUUCGUGCGCAGCUGGAAAUGCAGGACCUGCAAAAGCCUCAGUAUCAAACACGGCUCCAUGGGUUUUAACAGUUGGUGCCGGAAGUAUAGACCGGAACUUUCCGGCUUAUGCUUUCCUUGGUAACAAACAACUUUUCACCGGAGUAUCUCUUUAUACUGGAAAAAGAAUGGGAAAUAAACCGAUGGGUUUGGUUUAUCAAAAUGGAAAAAAUAGUUCUAGUAAUUUUUGUUUACGAAACACACUUAAUCCAGAGUUGGUUCGUGGCAAAGUCGUAAUUUGUGACAUUGGGAUAGUCUUAGAGGCAGAGAAAGGUUUGGCCGUACGUGAGGCCGGUGGGGUUGGGAUGAUAAUGGUGGAGGUGGCUGUGAAGGUGUUGGAAUCUGAGAAUGAGUUCGUGCCAACGGUGGUGGUGGGGAAGAAAGCGGGUGCGUUGAUUAAGAAGUAUGUUAAGACUAAUUCUAAUCCUACAGUUGUACUUGGAUUCCGUGGGACUGUGGUAAAUCCGGCGACGCCAUCGCCUAUGGUGGGUUCUUUCAGUUCAAGAGGGCCAAAUCCGGUGACGCCACAAAUAUUGAAGCCGGAUAUUAUAGCUCCUGGUGUUAAUAUUUUGGCUGCUUGGCCUAAAACUGCAAGUCCUAGUUCUUUGAAGGAAGACAAUAGGAUAAGUGAAUACGUGAUUGAAUCAGGCACAUCGAUGGCUUGUCCACAUGCAACUGGAGUUGCAGCUUUGCUCAAAGCAGCACAUCCAAAAUGGAGUGCAAGUGCAAUUAAAUCAGCACUAAUGACCACUGCCUACACCAUUGAUAACACAAACUCCGUUAUAAGAGAUUCUGCAACUGGUUCAUCCUCAAAUCCAUGGGCAUAUGGGUCGGGUCAUAUUGACUCAAGAAAAGCUUUCUCUCCAGGCCUUAUUUAUGAUAUCUCCAAAAAAGAGUACACAAAAUUUUUAUGUUCAUUGGAUUACCCUCUUGAAUUCAUCAGAACAAUUACUCUAAAUCCCAAAGUUUCUUGUUCUUCAAGAUUUGAUGAUCUUGGUGAGCUCAAUUAUCCAUCGUUCUCAGUCUUAUUUGGUAAUAAGACAAUGGUUCAAUACAGUCGUAAAUUGACAAAUGCAGGCGCCGCCAACUCUGCCUAUGAAGUGAUAGUGGCUGCACCGCCGGCUGUGACGGUGACCGUUAAACCAAGAAACUUGGUUUUUAAAAAUGUAGGGGAAAAGCAUAAGUACAGAGUAACAUUUAUGGCCAAGAAAAAUAGGAAACCAGGGAGUGGAGCUGCAUUUGGUUCAAUUACUUGGAGAAAUGCCCAACAUACAGUUAGCAGUCCAAUUGCAUUUACAUGGACAUAAACUCGUUUACUACAAAGCACACUGUCGUUUAAUAUCAGAGAGUUUAAUUAGUCUCUGUCGUUUUGUGCUUGUUGAUGAACCUAGAAAUAUAUGGAACGGCAUUAACGCUUUUAACUGUUAAGAUGGGCUUUUCUUCUCUUGUUUGGAUACAAGUAUAACACAAGAAACUGGACUUCUAAUUCAUCGUGUGGAUUAUUUAUUUAUUGAAUAAGAUUAAGUAUUAUAUAUUUUUAAGGGACAAGUUU